CACCACUCUAAGAUCCGACCACUUCUUAAGAGAGAUCUGAAAUCCGCUGGCCAUGAGCGGCCCGAGCAGCUGGAGGCGGGCAGCCACUGUGAUGCUGGCCGCGGGCUGGAGUCACGCGAGCCCCGCCGGCUUCCGGCUGCUGCUUCUCCAGCGAGCGCAAAACCAGCGCUUUAUGCCCGGCGCGCACGUCUUCCCCGGUGGCGUGCUGGACGCGGCCGACAGCUCGCCUGACUGGGUAAGUCUGUUCGCACCUCGGCACACGCCACCGCGUUUCGGCCUAGGCCCUGAGCCGCCUCGGCAACCCUCCUUUCCCGGGCUGUUUCACGGCGACGCGGACGGCGCGGCGCUGCCAGAUGACGUAGCGCUACGCAUCUGUGCUAUCCGCGAGACCUUCGAGGAGGCAGGGGUGCUGCUGUUGAGGCCGCGGGACUCUGCAAGGGCUUCUCAAGAGCCCAGCAUCGCUCUGUCUCCUCCGGCCGGCCUGGCGGACUGGCGCUCGCGCGUGCGCAGUGACCCACGCUGCUUCCUCCAGCUGUGUGCGCAUCUGGACUGCACACCGGACAUCUGGGCGCUGCAUGACUGGGGCGGCUGGCUCACGCCGUAUGGGCGAAGCAGCCGCCGCUUCGACACCACCUUCCUCCUGUGCUGCCUGCGCGAGACCCCGCGCGUGGAGCCCGACUUGGCUGAGGUGGUGGGCUACAAGUGGUUGUCCCCAUCAGAGGCAACUGAAUGUUUCCUGUCAAAAGAAAUCUGGCUGGCACCACCACAGUUCUACGAAGUGAGAAGACUUGAAAACUUUGCCUCUCUCUCUGCGCUGUACAGAUUUUGUUUGGAUCACCCAUUAGAAGUACCCGAGAAAUGGCUGCCAAUAGUACUUUUAACUUCUGAUGGCUCCAUCCAUCUUCUCCCAGGAGAUGAGCUGUAUGUGAAAGGCUCAGACUUCUUAGAAAAGAAUAUGUCUAUUGACAAAAAGACUGAAGAAAUCGUGACGGAAGGCAAAGUAGUUAACCGGAUUGUGAUCCACAGUCCCCAUCUCUACGAAAUCUACAUGACUCUAACGUCAAAGAGCGAGCACGGGUACCCAAAGAGCUACACAGCGAAGAAGAGCUGCACUGCCCGCCUGUGAGCUGCACUCCUGUGCACUGUCAGUGAGGACUGACCGGACCUGUCCAAAAGCUAAGGAACGUGUCCAUAAAAGCCACAAUGAGGUGUUUUCUGUGUCACCUGCAUUUUGGGACCCUUUGCCAUUUGUCAAACCACACAGCAAGCCAAGUAUAGAAUGUACAAAGUAUUAAAGCUCUUGUUACCAAGAUAAA